AAAAUGUAGUAAAGGCAAAAUUUUGUCAAGUAGCCUCUCUAAACUCUAGAAGGGUCCUCUAUCUUUUCCAAAAGUACACCAAAAACCUUCACCCAAACAUAGCAACCACAACAAAAUUGUUUUCUAUCACUCUCUCUCAUCUCUCUAUACACACACUCACCCCCACAUCCACACAAGCAAACAUGAAUGACAACAGAAACCCAGAAGAAAAACACCUAGUUAGCAUCACCACCACCACUACCACCAGCACAAGCACACCAACCAGCAAUUCAUCAUGCAGCAAAGAAGACCUCCAAAAAAAGCAGCAAAUACAGCAACAAUUAGCACCAAAAAGAAGUUCCAACAAAGAUAGACACACAAAAGUUGAUGGAAGAAGCAGAAGAAUUAGAAUGCCUGCACUUUGUGCUGCAAGAGUUUUCCAACUAACCAGAGAAUUAGGCCAUAAAACUGAUGGAGAAACCAUCCAGUGGCUCCUCCAACAAGCUGAACCAGCGAUUUUAGCCGCAACCGGAAGUGGAACAAUUCCAGCAUCAUUUCUCGCCGCCUCCGCUUCCGGGGCUUCCUCUGUUUCGCAGCAGGGGGCAUCAGUUUCCUUAGGAUUACAUUCUAAGAUUAACGACUUGAGAGCAGGUGUAGAGGUGGCUAAUCGAGCUACUUGGGGUAAUUUUGGGGAUAAUUUGGGAAGAUCUCAAUCAAUUUGGCCUUCAAUUGGAAGUGGGUAUGCUCAAGUUUUUGAUACUGCCUCCAAUUUGGUUAGUCAAAGUUCAGGUUAUGUCACCAAUUUUCAGCUCCAAGGAGUUGGAUUACCCACUGCUAACAUGGGUCUUCUUAGUUUUACGCCGAUUUUAGCCAGGGGUGCUCAGCUUCCAGGCCUGCAACUCGGCCUUUCGCAAGACGGCCAUGGCGGUGUUAUUGGCCAAAUAUAUCAGCAGCAGCAGCAGCAACAACAACAUCAUCCACAUCAAUCCCAUGAACAAAGUGAUUCAGGUGCUGCUAAUGUUGAGCCUGUGCACCAACAUCAGCAACACUUGCAGUCUCAUUCUAAUGACAAUUCAAGAGAGCAAUGAAUUCAGAUAUUGCUUUCUUUUAUAUCCUGUCAACUACUACUGUUUCUUUGGGUUUUGAUUUACUUUUCUUCCCAUUUUUGGUUUUUAUAUACAUAUUUGUAAGUAUUUUCAGAA